GGGAGGGAGGAGGUAGGGUGCAAUGGCUCAUGAGGGAAAGGGAAGUCAAUAUUACGUUUUCCCGCUGACAAAGGCAAAUGAAGACUUUCCUUUUUUUUUUUUACUUACAAUCAAGUAACCUUUAGCGCCCUGAUGUGGAGUCCUACGCAUCCCUAGCAGCAACCGGAAAGAUACAUUAACCCACUGUCAUUCCAUCUGGAUACUAUCGGGCCAGUACUGUUACAGCUUUUUUGUCAUUCGGUAAAUGGCAUCAUUUAGGACAAACUAUUUGAUAGCGUCAUAGCGUACUGACUGCGACAGAAAAUCGAAAACAUCGAAGACCUUGUGUGUCGGCUGAACAACGUUUCUGGAAUUAUCUGAUUACUCAGAGAAUGAGUAUCGGGGUGAGCUGGUGAAUCAGCGCUGGACGCGAGGAGACAAGAUCAGCCGCUGCCAGCCCUCUCUCAGACCACAGAAUCGUGCACUCAAAAUGAGUUUGGACAUUGAUGACAAGCGUGCAUGCACACGGUCCAAGGGAGGAAGAACUCCCACCGAGAUUAUAGUUCCAGAGCUGAGCUGCCCCACUCCAGGAUGCAAUGGUUCUGGUCAUAUCAGUGGCAGAUAUGCACGGCACAGAAGUGCAAUGAGUUGCCCCAUAGCCAGAAAGAGGAGGCUACAGGAGGAGUCAGAGCAGAAUCACUUACCCUCCAAGAGGAAGUGCCACCCACUGAAGUUGGCAUUAGAUGGAUGCUUUAAUGCAGAGAGUGAUGGAAGCAGCGAGGAGAUGGAGGUGAAGGAAGAGGACGAGGAAGAAGAGAGUGAAUCUUGUCAGCAGUAUGGCAAUGAAGAAAAGGAAGAAGAAAAGGAACCUAGGAGCAGCAGCAACAAUGAGGGAGAAACAGAUGAUAAGGAGGAGUGCAUGAUCAUUGAGGCAUCCUGCACAAAGAAGGCUAAAUCUGAAGAAUCUGAUCUUUCCAAUUAUGAGCAUAUAGUAGCCAACUCUCUACUGCACCUCAGCAGUCACAAUAACUAUACCACAUCUCUACAACAACAACAACAACAACAACAACAACAACAACAACAACAACAACAACAAUAUUCUGUAGCCACAGAGGUAAAGAGGGAUAGUUCAACCAGAACAGAAGAGGAAGAAAACAAUGAGGGAAACAAAGAUGGGAAAAUAGAUGAAAGCCAGACAACAGCUCAGACACCCACAAUGAAUAGAACAACUGAGAAAGCAGAGGAUGAGAUUGUGAAGGAGGAGCAGAAUGGAAGGCAGGAAGAGUCAGACCACCAGUAUUUCACAGAAGAGAUCAGUAAACAUUUUUCAGAGAAUGACAAUAAUCAACCUGUAGAGAAAUCCUGCAGGGAGGAGUAUGACAAAGAAGAAAAUGUGAAGGAUCACAAGUUAGAGCAGUAUUACCUCUCUGACCCAUCUGUGAAUGAUGCAACUCAGGGCUCCCAAAAAGAGGACUACAUUAACCACAAACCCCCUUCACCACAGAGCUGCUUGUCCAACCCCAUGAUUAUUGAGGUGCGGUCUGAGGAAUCAGAGAAGGAUGAUGAAAAUGAGGAUGAAGAGGACGAGCGAUCAAUGAUGGCUGACGAGUCAGAGAUGUAUGACAUGAUGCGGGGAAACCUGAGGCUUUUAGAGCAGGCUAUUGCUCUCAAAGCCCAGCAGGUCAAAGGGAACAGAGAGUUCAUGCCCAUCUCUGAACAUCAUCGCUAUUUCCCUUUAGAUGAUCGCCCCACGAAGCACAUGGACCUGCUUCGCAAGAGUUACUUUUGCAAAGAAAGUUCCAGGUCAGAGAAAAGAGAGGUUAAAUGCCCUACCCCAGGCUGUGAUGGCACAGGUCAUGUGACUGGACUGUACCCUCAUCACCGCAGUUUGUCUGGCUGUCCUCACAAAGACAGGAUCCCCCCAGAGAUCUUAGCCAUGCAUGAGAAUGUGCUGAAGUGCCCUACGCCUGGCUGCACAGGACAGGGUCAUGUCAACAGUAACCGCAACACGCACCGCAGUUUAUCUGGAUGUCCAAUCGCUGCUGCUGAGAAGCUAUCCAAGACCCAUGACAAGCAGACGCUAUUGCAGCCAAUGACAGAGCAACCCAAAGUCAGCCCAAACCCAGAGAGAGUGCUCAGACCCAUGUGUUUUGUGAAGCAGCUUGAGAUGCCACAGUGUGGCAGCUAUAGGACUGCCAGCAUGGUUUCCAACACACCCCGUGCUAACCUGGCUAAAGAGCUGGAGAAGUACUCUAAGGUCUCCUUUGAUUAUGCAAGCUUUGAUGUCCAGGUGUUUGGCAAACGUAUGCUCACCCCACAGAUACUCACCAGUGAAACCUCACCCAAAACUUUCAAAUCCAAACCUCCAUUACCCAGGACCUCACCCCCUAGUCCCAGCAUGCAAAGCACCUAUGGAAAGAGCUCAUGUGGACCCCAUGAUUACUCCCAUGAUGCUGAAGCUGCACACAUGGCUGCAACAGCCAUUCUAAACCUUUCUACUCGGUGCUGGGAAAAGCCUGAGAACCUCAGCACCAAACACCAGGAUAAGAACAUGGAGAUCGAGGUGGAUGAGAAUGGCACUCUAGACUUAAGUAUGAAGAAGCCCAUUAAGAAAGAGGGAAGUCCACUUAACACAAGCCCAGGCAUGCGCUCCCCUGCACUCUCUUCAUCAUCCUCAUCAUCUGGGCACCAUGGCAACACUACCAUAUCACCCCACUUACAGGCCUACAAGCAGGAGUGGGAGGGACCUCUGGAUUAUACCAAACCUAAUCGGCAAAGGGAGGAGGAGCCAGAUGAGAUGGAUCAUACAGCCCAGUCAUUCGUUUCCUCUGAUGCUGAGGACUGUGACAUGGCACAGGAGAGCAAAGAGGGCAGGAAGUAUCCUGGUGAGGUCACAACCCCCGGCUUCAAAGUCAAGUUCCAGCCCAGGGAGUGCAAGAAAGAGCUCCUAAUGUGUCCCACUCCUGGCUGUGAUGGCAGUGGCCACAUCACUGGAAACUAUGCAUCCCACCGAAGUCUGUCUGGGUGCCCUCUUGCUGAUAAGAGUCUCCGCUCCCUCAUGGCAGCACAUGCACCUGAACUCAAGUGCCCAACCCCAGGAUGUGAUGGUUCUGGGCACAUCACUGGUAACUACGCGUCACAUCGAAGUUUGUCUGGGUGUCCUCGUGCCAAGAAAGGUGGAAUCAAAACAACACCUACCAAGGAAGACAAAGAAGACUCCGAACUCUUAAAGUGCCCAGUACCAGGCUGUGACAGUCUGGGUCAUAUUAGUGGGAAGUAUGCCACCCACCGCAGUGCAUAUGGGUGCCCACUGGCUGCACGGCGCCAGAAGGAAGGCAUGCUGAAUGGCUCCCCUUUCUCCUGGAAGGCCUUCAAAACGGAGGGGCCCACCUGCCCUACACCAGGCUGUGAUGGAUCAGGCCAUGCCAAUGGCAGCUUCCUUACUCAUCGCAGUCUCUCCGGCUGUCCCAGAGCAACGCUGGCUAAAAAGAAAGCAAAGUUCACUGGGGAGGACUACAUAAACACCAAGUUCAAGGCCAGCAACGUUCUAGAUAAUGAUGAAGACAUUAAGCAACUCAAUAAAGAAAUCAGUGACCUCAGUGAGUCCAACAACGAAAUGGAAGCAGAUAUGGUGAACCUCCAAACACAGAUCUCAUCAAUGGAGAGGAACCUGAAAAACAUUGAGCAGGAAAAUAAGAUAAUUGAGGAGCAGAAUGAAGCACUGUUCAUGGAGCUGUCAGGACUCAGUCAAGCGCUGAUACGUAGCCUGGCCAAUAUCCGUCUGCCCCAUAUGCAGGAACCAAUCACAGAGCAGAAUUUUGAAAACUAUGUGAGUACUCUGACUGACAUGUACACCAAUAAAGACUGCUACCAGAACCCCGAGAACAAGGCCCUGCUGGAGACCAUCAACCAGGCAGUGAAAGGCAUUAAGGUGUGACCUGAGGCAUCGCCCGGUAGAGGCAUAAAAGAGAAAUGAUGUGUGUAGAAGCAAAGAAAAUACAUGCAAAUGGUUCACACAAAAUGGGCAUUCAGGUGUUUUUGAAUUAUUACAGCCUUCAACCCAGGGAGCAUUCUGUGAAAAGAAAAAAGAAAUAUGUAUAUAAUAUUUAUGUUCCAAAAUCCACAAGCGCUGCAGGAUUGGAAGCAAAGGAUGAAAAGACCACAACCAAAUCCUUUUGUUUGACCAGAGGGGGGAAAAAGAGAAGCUUGUAUUUGCCUAUUUUUGCCUAUUAAAGGUGUGUUUUGCAUGUCUUUGGGAGUGAAUCUGAGGAUAAAGAAAAGAAGGUGCACUUCAGCAUUAACAAGAGCCAAACAAUUUGGAUGAAAUCGUCUUUGUAUUGUGUAUGAGGGACUACUGGCCCUUUAUCACAGCAGAUGCAGCACUUCCUGUAGUGAAUCACCACAGCUUCAGGUCAUUGAGGCCCAUUGUACCUGUUCUCCACAAGCUCAUGUGCACAUUCUACUUAAAGAGAGAACACACUGUGGGCCUUUAAGCUGUGUGUUAUUCAUAUCAGAUACCAUCUGGUUAACACUACAGUAUAACCGUUAAACAACAUGCCUCCAAAAUUCAGCCGAUAUAUUUAUAAAUAUAUAUUUUAUUAUUAGUUCUAGAUAAACAUUUAUGUUUUAAUACUUUAAAUACCUGUAGAUUGCAGAAGCAGUAGUUCAUUCUCAUUAAUUUGCAUUAUUUAUUGAUAGAGUAAUAUAAUGUAUUGCUACUCAGUUAAAUCCAGUUGUAUCUGUUAUAUUUAUCAACAAUGAAUUGCACUUCGUUUCAAUUAACAGCUUAUAGGUUUCAUUAUCAACGUUUUAUAAAUUAUUAAGACAUUAAUUUGUUAUGUACACUUCCCUUAAUAUAUGUAACAUUAAUUUAUUUAUGUAUUUAUGUUUUUUUCCCAUGUUUUUAUUGUUUAGUUUUUUAUUUAUUUGAACAUGCCUCCUGCAUUGAAAAUACUACUAUGGAACAAUGCAGCAUACCCCUUCCAUCUUCAAAUGAACACGGAUAUAAGAAAAUAAGAAAAACUUUUACAACUAUUUUCCUUUUUUUAUACCUAAUUUUCUUUUGACAAUAGAUUUUUAAAACUUUUUUAAGUGAAAAUAUUUUGAACUGACAAGGUUUUUUAUAAUUAAAUAAGGCUGUCAUUUUCUUUUCCAUUAUAGAUAUUUUUUUCAAAAUCCUGAGAGAUCCAAAACUUAUGGAGAAUGUGUAUUUAUUAUUUAUUUUAUAUUUAUGAACUAAUGAACUGUGAUAAGAUUGUACUGUAUAUUUAUUUUGUAAUGUUUCUCUGUGUUUAUGAUGAAUGAGUCUCAGUAGUCUUGUACUUAAAUAAAGACAGAAAAGUCAUACUUGGACAAAAAUAAGGUUCUCUAAAAUACCAGCAACACUUUCCAUGGGAAUGUAAAGAUUUAAAAAAAGCAAUUCUUUGGAACCUAGACCUUUAUGUGAGUUUAAACAUGAAAAGGAAGUAUUGUAAUAGGAAGUACAAUUUUCUGGAAUCUUUGUUACUAACUUUUACCACUUCAAGGUCAUGGUCUUGCCAGUGAUCUUUGGUCCAGAAUGGUAGUUUAAAUUGUGACAACUGAUGAUGAUUUUUUCCUCAGUUGGUAUAUACAUUUGGUAAAGAGAUAUAUGUAGAACUAGGAUGGAAAGAGGGGUAUGUACUGGUAAAACUUUGAUAAAAAUGUAUUAAGAGAAAUCUUUGAACCACAAUGUCUUUACUCAGCUAGCGUCAGAUGAGCAUACACCCACGUAGCCUUAUUCUUGAUUUUAUUUUUUUAUUUUCAAAAUGCAAAAAGUGCCACUAACAAACUUUUUUUUCUUGACUCCUCCCAUUCAGCAGCCACAUGAUUCUUGAGUCAUAUGAUGUAAGAUAUGUGGUAAUUGUUACAGUUGCCUUUAUUUCCUUGCCAAUAUGGCCAUAAUUAUUCUAUAUAUACAUUAUGUAUAAAAAAAAAGAACAAAACAAUUAUAUAGAGAAUAUAAAAACAUACAUAUAUUUUUCCAGUGUAAUUGUUAACACUUAUUGUAGCUUAUCAAAGAAAUGUCUUUUGGAGAAAAAAAACUGUGACUUACUACCAAUAGAAGAAAAAACCCUUAUGACCCAUUUUGCUAUUGUGGCAGGAUAAAUUGUCUUUUAUAAUUUAAAUAGGUACAUUUUUAAAUCUAAAAUGUUGGGGUUGUUUGUAAAAUGUUCCUAUUUUUGCGGUGUAUUUGGUCCAUGGUUGUUGGGCUUCUCUACGUAUGUCAUGCUCAUGGGACAGUGGUGUAAUGGUAGUCAAUUCUUUACCAUCUUGGCGUUACAUUGGGUCUGUACCUGUGAAGUCUCAUCAUAGAGUGCUGAAAAGGUGGUGGUCCUUCUCUUAGUAUUGUGUGGUGUUGUGUCAGUUAUGGUGGGAGCAGCCUUGUUUAGUUAAUUGUCUCCAAUGCUAACUAUGAUAAUGAAAGCAGCGUGAUUGUGGUUAGAAAGUUGUAAAAUGAACAUUGUGCCUCCUAAUAUCACCUAAUAUCACAUCUCCACCUAUAUGCAGUAGAAAUAGGCAUGUUGUCCUUAAAGUGUUAUAAAAAUAACAUUACACAUAGAUGGAAAGUGGUUAAGUAUCAGUUAAAAACCUUUUAACCAAACCAUUUGAAAUUUACAUGAAAAUGUAAUUUUAACAAAUGGACGUCUAUCCAUCACACCAAAAAGUAAAAAUGUGUAUUUUUUAUGUUUGUUAAUGUCCCAUGUAAUUCUGUCUAUGAUGUAUAGGAUUCACUUUAACUCAAUAUUGACCAUCUGGUUUCAACAGGCAAGAGUCAGAGUAGCUAAUUUAAACAGUUUGGAUAGACACCUAAAUCUGAAAAAAACAUAAAGAAAAAAAUAUGGUUCAGUUUAAGCUUUUUUUUUGUCAUUGAUAUUCUCGACUUCUCUCACUCUUGCACUGAGAGAAUGGAAGAGAUGUCAGCUGCAUAAAUUUAUGUCCAUUUUGUAAUGGCUUUAUACUCUCCUUCUCUGUAACCUUUCCCCAGGAAAGAUAUGGCAUUGCAUUUAAAUAUGAACAUGCUCACUUCUGCUCUGCUUUAGUGAAAUAUAAUUUGAGAACUUGGGGAAUUGAGGUACUUUUGUUAUCUCUCGCUGUAGUACCCAGCUCAUCUUUAACGGCCAGAAGUGAUGCUUUCUAAUCCCAGCACUAGGCUACCAAUUCUUUGCUUUUUCUGUAAUAAACCACUUUCACUUGAACACUAACUAUUUAUCAAGAAAACACAAGAGCCAUUUCAUCAGAUUCAUCGUGCCUGGGAUAAGAAGGUUUAGCCCUACAAAUUUAAUGGGAUCUUUAAAGAACUUUCUGAUAUCUGCUUAUUACUACUGACAUACCAUAAAACAUGUAUGAGGUAAAAAACAUUCAGUUCUAUUUUGUCAUUUCACAAAAUUAAUCAUGCAACCAGCUUUCUUUAUUCUUUAUGAAACUUGAUAAAAUCCACCAUUAAUAAUGUAGCCUGUUUUCUGAAUCAUUAUGAAUCAAGCCAAUUGUAGCACUACAAUAAUUGUGUUUCCACAUUCAAACUCACAGAACUGAAAAGCCUAGAUAUACUGUAAGAUUGAGUAUCGUACAUGAGAAAGAGUAGCCACAUAAAACUAAACAGUACAGCAGUAGAGUGUAUGAAGGCAUGUUUGAUAGAAUGUUUCCCAUUAAGCUGACAUAACCAAAAUGGCCCUCGAUUUGUAGGCGCCAUCUUAUCCUACAGCUCUGUGGUGUUCUCAUGUGUGCCUUUUCUUACUUCACUUAGCUGCAGGAAAAGGUGUGUUUACAUUUUGAAUAAUAAGUUUAAACAACACUCAGGGUGCCAUUUUUCAGGGUCUGAGAGGGAGACAUGAGUACUGCAAGUUUCUUUAAACUAUCACCCUUUUUUUUCCUUUUCACAUCAUAAAAGAGAACAUAUUUUGAAACAUAUUUCCCAAAACCAUUUCAGAAACUGUGACACAAAUUCAUGCUGUUAACUGCAUGGAAUAGAGGGAAUUGUCAAAGGUGAAGUAAUCGUGCACAGGACAUUGUUUUGUCUGCAGUAGGAGUCUGUAUAUUUGUAAUUAAGGAACUGUGUUGUAUUAAUUAAACAAUAUUUCCCAAAAAUGACAAAAAAGCUUGUGACAUUAUCUACAGCUAAAGCUUGUCCUGCUAAGUCCUUUAUACAGAGAUAAAGUAUUUUUGCUGGUGAUUUUGUAGACAUUGGUACUUCCAAAAAAAAUAAUAAGCACUUCCUCACAUAUAGAUUGUAUAGUUUUUCGUCACAUUUCUUUUUGAACAUGUUUUGUAGAGUGGGACAAGCUGUGGCUGUGGCACUUUCACAGCUUCGUUUGGAAAGUGUGUAGCUGGGUAUGGAUUGUGACUGUGUUUGUGUACUCUUGUAUCUGUGCUCCCCCUUAUUAGUGUUACAAGAACUACAAUGUCUUUUGUUGUGGAAACAUCUUUUCAUUUGUUCAUUCCAGUGUUAUCUAUGGACAACUUGAAUAAAGUGGACAAAACAGCGACCUUUCUGAAUGUGAUUUUUAAAAUAUCUGUGUGUUCUUUGUUCACUUUAUGUGUGUCCCCUAAUUGGUGCCCUAAGACCUGCUCUCUUUUUCUAAGUCUAUAAAUUAAUGCCUCUUUGGGCCAAGGCUGGUGCAUUAAACAUGCUAUGGUUUUGAUGUGGCUGAAUUUCCAGAUUGACACCAAGUUUCAUUGUUUUCAGAGCAUCCAUAAAUGUGUUUGUGAACACUCUGAAAUACUGUGCACAAAAAAACUAAGAGCAAGAAUAUGAAUAUGAGAGACACCAUGCAAGAGUUAAGGUGAGGUGAAGUUAGAAUGUAUUACAUUUUUAUACCUUCAACUUACCUCAAUUCAUGACUAAUGCUUUUGAUAUUUCAUAAAAUGAGUUUUAUGAUUGGAUAUGUAGAUUGAGUGCCACUGCCAUAGAUUGGUCAGAUAGGCUGUAUUUAUUAUGAUGGAAGUAGCUUGAUGCAUCUGUCAUUAGGAACUCUAUACUAAUGUUAUGUAGGACCAUCCCUUUGCUUUCAAAACAGCCUCAAUUCUUUGUGGCAUAGAUUCCACAACAUGUUGCAAACAUUCUUUUGAGAUUCUGGUACAUGUUGAUAUUAUUAUAUCAUACAAUUCCUGUAGAUUUUUUCAGGUUCUUUCAUGUUGCAAAUCUCCCUGAUUUUCAGCAUGAAAGUCCACCUGAACUCAUUAUCAUGUUCAGGAAACCAGUUUGUGAUCACUCCUGCUUUGGGACAUGGUUCAUUAUCAUGCUAGACAUUCUUAUUAGAAGAUGGGUAAAUUGUGGCAAUGAAGGGGAUUAACAUGGCCAAUACUCAGGCUGUGUCAUUCAAGUCAUCCAUUUGAUAAUUACAGGAUUGAAGUGUGCCAAGAAAUUAUUUCCCAUACCAUUACACCUCACAAAAGUCCAGACUAGGUCCAUGGAUUCAUGCUGCUGGUGCCAAAUCAAGUGGUAUUUGUUAAUUUUUUGUUUGUUUUCAACUGUCCAGUUUUAGUGAGUCUGUGUUUACUGCAGCCUCAGUCUUUUGUUGUUGACUGACAGAAUAACCCAAUGUGGACUUCUGUUGUUAUCGCAUAUCCACCUUAAGGUUUGUCAUGUUGUGUGUUCUGCUAUGUUUUUCUGCUCACCACAAUUAUGCAGAGUGUUUAUGCGACUUACUGUAGCCUUUCUGUUGAUUCAAAUUUGUCUGGUCAUUCUUCAUUGAUCUCAUGCAUCGAAAAACAUUUUCUGGCUGCAGAACUGAUGCUCACAGCUGUUUUUUGUCUUCAUUGUGUUAUUCUGAGUAAACUGGAAACAUUGUUGUGUAUGAUCACCCAAGAGAUCAGCCACCAGCAAUCAUGGCACUGUCAAAAUCAAUGAGAUCAUAUUUUUCCCCAUUCUGAUGGUUGUGAUGGUUCCAGCCUUUUUAUACCUGCAUGAUUUUAUGAAUCUCUCUUGAUUUUAUGAUGACCUAUAAUUACAACCAUGAUCAGAAGCAGACACAUGUAUACACACCAGGAUGUAUUCAGUGUCUCUUGUUGCCCUGGACUGAUGUUUAAUAGUAAGCCAACAUAAACAAUUAUAAUUUGCAGUUUAUACUUACUUAUAUAA